UAAACAGAAGACACGUGACACACAGCGCUGCCUGUCAGGGGCUUUGCAGCAGCAGCACGAAUGACGGCCGAGUUGGAGGAAGUUACUGGGAGCAGCUGUGCUAGUAUGUAAUCCUAUUCGCGUUGGGUACGAUAUUGCAGCAAAGGGAGAGGAAGGCAGGAGCAUUCAUGGAUAUUGUGGACAUUAAUCAUUUAAUACCCAGUGACCAGUUGGACGACUCCCUGAUAACAGGUCAGAAUUUGGAAUGUGAAGCCGGUAAUGAGUUUGGGACAGGACCCCGACUGGAAGAGUCACUGAAGAACAUGCUCAGCGACAAAGACCCCAUGUUUGGAUGUGCAAGCUCUCAGUUCAAUCUGCUGGACAAUGAGGACUCCACUUUUCAGAUUGCUGGCUCAACAGUUCUCGCUGAUGGUUCAGCAUCCACAGGCCCAAGCAGCGAACUAAAAGUUGCAGAGAUUACACAAGCCAAGCAACCUGUUGCCAGGCGGAAGAAACGUCCACGUAACUUAGAAUCCGAACAUAGCAGUAGUCCACAACCCGCCAACUCAUCCACCAAAACCAUGAUCCGAGUACGAGCUGGAAGGAAACCAGCGAACAGGCUACACAACUCCUUUCUUAUUGAGAAAGGAGUUAAAGGCUCCCAACUGAAGAGAGAAUUAACUCUGGGAGGGCGUGUUGAUUUUAACAAUCUCGAUGGUGUUUUAUGGCUGAAUCCCUCUGUUGUAUUGAGACGAUUGACAGUCACAAUUGCAGGAUUCAGGAUUGAACUGCUUCCAGGACCCUCUUACACACAGAAUGUUGAAGCGAGCCAGUCUGCAGGCCUUGACGGUGGUCUUACGUAUGCCGUGCUGACAGAUAAUGCUGUCAAUGUAGAGAAUCCCACACCUGAGAAUGUGGCAGAGGUGGAUGUAAUUGAGAAGAGCUCUGCGGAUGAUGGAGCCCUCGGGCUGGGCCCGUAUGUGAAUCCUAACGACGUGCAGACCUCCAACGGGACUUCAACGGGGAGCACCGAAACGCAGGAGACAAAUCUCGACAAUCUGAGUGUUCCUGAAAAAGAAAAGUCAGUCAGUGAAGCAAAACAUGACAUCAAAGAGCCACAAAACAUUGAGAAUAACAGAACCGCUGUUGGUAACAAGACUGAUGAUAAGGAAAAACAACAGUUUGUGGCCCAAACACUGUUAAAGUCCAAACAGGGACUGACCUCUAACAAGAAUAAGGACUUGGUUUCAGGUAAACCAAACAACAUGAUUAAGGGACAUAAAGUGUCCCAAAGCAUGCCAUCCAAAAUCCAAAGAGGAGACCUGCACAAAAUCAAAUCUCCAAAGGAAAAGAAAGACAUUUCACCUUUGAAAAGGCCAGCAGAAAACACCCAAAGUGAGCAUGCUACUAAGAUGCAGAAGACACAGGACACAGGAGAGAAUAAAGUGAAGCCAAAACUGCCAAGUACACCGAGCUCUGUGGCGAAGAAGAGCCCUUCAUCUGGCAACCGAGUCGACCAGCAGGGACCAACGAAACAUCUUCAUCCUCCCAAUAUCUCCAAAGUUGAGACCGCUAAUCCGACGCACGGUUGCCUAGGCCCUUCUCUAAAAAUGCCAGAGGAAGGUCACGAAAAGCCCAAACUGAAAAAGCCAGAAAAGAUCCUUCAAAGACAGAAAAGCAAAACGGCAAGAAGCAUCUCUGUGGAUGAGCCGCAGCUGUUUAUUCCAGACAAUGCUCCUGUUGUGAAGAAGGAAACGGCCGAGGAGCAACCGGCUAACAGCGAGACUGCGUGGGAUGGAAACAACUGCUGUGGCCUUUGCAAAAAACACCACAAUAACAUGUUCAUGGUAGGUUGCGGUCGCUGUGACGACUGGUUCCAUGGCGACUGCGUUGGUCUUGACCUGACGAAGGUCCGUGAAAUGGAGGAGGAGGAUCAGAUGUAUGUGUGCUUGAAGUGCUGUGAGGAGGAGAGCAAAAAGGCGGCGCCAGAGCCACCGAGUGCAGCCAAACCAGAAGUUCAAGCUAAGACUGAAGUACAGGAUCUAAAGCUGCCUCCCAAGCCCCAACCGGGACCCUCCCAGAAGCUCGCAUCAGUCAAACCAGAUCCUGAUAGAAGGCAGUCCACAGAUGUCAGAGAAGCAGCUCAUAAAACAGGUGUUCAUCUGAAACUAGAGACAAAAAGUAAGACUUCAGCUUCAAAGAAACCUGUGUCUGUGGAGGCAAUUAGACGAAGUGUGCGUGAUUCUCUGAAAGAAAUACUUAUACAGAGGUUGAAGGAGUCCGAUUUGAACGUGUCAGUGGAGAGGGCCACUGAAGUCGCCAAGAAGACGGAGAAAGAGCUUUUUUACUUGUACAAAGACACCGACAACAAAUACAAGAACAAGUACAGAAGCUUGAUGUUUAACCUCAAAGAUACUAAAAAUAAUGUCCUCUUUAAGAGGGUUCUCAAAGGAGAAAUUUCUCCUGGUAACCUGAUUCGAAUGAGCCCUGAGGAACUGGCCUCGAAAGAAUUGGCUGCUUGGCGACAAAGGGAGAACCGACAUACCAUUGAGAUGAUUGAAAAAGAGCAAAGAGAGGCAGAGAGGCGGCCGAUCACUAAGAUCACACACAAAGGUGAAAUAGAAAUUGAGAGCCAAGAACCAGUGAAGGCACCUGAGCCUGCAGAGCUUGAGCCUCCUUCUAAAGCAACAGAAGACUCAGUGGAACCUCCGAAUACCCCGGAGAACAAAGCAGUGAGUGGCGACGUGGGGAAAGACACCACCAGCCAACACAAGUCUCACUUAUUUGACCUAAACUGCAAAAUCUGCACAGGUCGUAUGGCGCCCCCCGUGGAGGAGGCACCAACCAAAGUGGUCAAAGUUGCUACUACAGUGGUUAGGAGGCAGUCCACCAAAGCAGAGGAGACGCAGAGCACAGCGAAACCUGCCGUCGACGACGAUCUGCACCUCACCGUUUUAGAAGAGAGCUUCCGAAACGCUCAGUCGGGCUACGAGGGAAGGUCGGAUCAUAAAGCUGGAAGAGAGGAAGAGGCCGCUUUCCUUAUUAACCUGACCUCCCUGUGGCAAGGACUGAUUCAUAUGCACUCUGUGGCAAAGUUUAUGACUAAAGCUUUCCCCGUCUCAGGCAUUUUGGAUAACGUGACUGAGGACCUUCCAGACAGCGUUCAAGUUGGCGGAAGGAUCAGUCCACAGACGGUGUGGGACUACUUGGAGAAGAUUCGGGCAACUGGAACAAAGGAGGUGUGUCUAAUUCGCUUCUCCCCCGAGACGGAGGAAGAUGAGAUUUCCUAUACUCUUCUGUUCGCCUACUUCAGCAGUCGUAGGCGUUUCGGGGUCGUGUCCAAUAACCUCAAACAAGUGAAGGACAUGUAUCUCAUACCUUUGGGGGCCACUGAAAAAGUUCCACAUCAGCUCGUUCCCUUUGAUGGGCCAGGUUUAGAAAACAACCGCUCCAAUCUUCUCCUUGGACUCAUAAUUCGCCAGAGACCGAAAAGUGAUUUUCUUCCCGUGGACAUGAAUGAAACUGCCAGGAUUGUUCCUGAAAUCAAGCCCAUCACCAUCUCCACAAAAGAAACCCGAGCAAAAGAGGAGGAGGAGAUACAAUUCCUCUCUUCCUUGACUGCUGCACAUAAAAAAGAGAAAGACAAACCUCUUAACACGCCUGAAGAUGUUGAUGAGCCAAUUACAGAAUCUCCAGAAGAACCAUCUGCAUCAGAGGAGACCAACAGUCAGGAACCCCAAAAACCACUGCGUUUUCUCCCAGGUGUGUUAUUGGGCUGGGGUGGGGAAUUGCCACCUCUGCCAGAUGUUGGAGUUAAACAUGCAACAGAGGCCUCAACGGAAAACUCUAAAAGUCCAACAGCUGCUGCUCCUCGAGAGCGCUUUGUCUUCAAGAAGAAAGAAGCUAAAGCUGUUAAAGCUGAACCGGAAGUAUCCGGUCCGACUGAUGCGUCCGCUGCUAACAACUCAUCAGGAAAGGAUCCUGCAGUGGUGACCCGUAGUGCACCAGUCUCUCUGAAAGAUAAGCCUCCAGAUGUAUCGACCGAAGCGUUCCUGGCAAGCUUGUCAGCAGCUCAAAUUGGGACUGAAACUAGCAGCGCUGCCUCUGCGAACAAAGGCAACUCUGGCCUUUUGUCUGAAACCGAAAAAGCUCCGUUUGAAGGGAAUUCUUUGUCGCAGUCAAAAUCCCCGGCUGCUCCAGCUCAAACCAACGUCUCUAAACCUCCUUUAAGUGGAAUAUUGAAAAAGUCUUCAGCAUAUUCCAGUGUGAAUGUAGAUAAAACAACCGCACCACAAAAGGAUCAAGCCAGCCACCCGGCGCCUUCGAGUCCCAAACCUGUUCCUGUGUUGAGCAGCACUAGAAAUGAUUCAGUUACACUAUUUCACCAAGGAUACUUGCAGGUUUCUCAGGCCAAGAAGAAACCUGAGGGAGAAAAGCAAACGACUAUUCAAUCAUUCGCAGGUGAAAAGGAGGAUCCUGGCAUGUUCCGGGCUGCUGCUGCAGUAACUCAGACAGUAGAUCCUCCUCCAGUUCAAGGACCACAAGCAGCAAGUCACACGGAAGCAUCUGAGCUCCAACACGACUCCGUAAUGACACAAGCUUUCCCAGCAUGCAACAGUGCUUCACUAAUCCCACCGCAGCAGCAGCCCCAGGUGCCUGGUAGCGACGAACACCCAACGGACCCUCCUAAUACGUUGUCCAGCCCACACACCCAGGAUCAGAACCACAGUGCACCGUGGGCUCAGGACAGCACUUCACACAUUCUUCCCGGACUUCAAUCAUCGCAGUACGCCGAGAGCUACCCGGAACCAGCCGGCCAGCCUACUUCCCUGGCCAAAGAUCCCAAGCGUCUAGAGGAGCGAUACAAUGACCCGUGGGAGAGGCCGCGGUCUACGGAGGAACGGGACCACCACGGGAGGCACAGCCAUCACAGGGACGCUCACCACGGGAAAAAGAGCCGACACCACGACCGGGAGAAAAAGCACGAACGCAGCCACGAGCGAGAGAGGAGCAGGCACCACGGACACUCGGAGGACCGCUACGGUGAGAAGAGAAAAGAGAGGCACCACAGCGACGAUCACAGCAGCCGUCACAAGGACCGACACAGACACAGACGGGACUCUGAUUAUGAGAACGGACGGAGAAGUUCAAAAGACAGUUGAUUGUGUUGUUUUUUAAAGUCCUGCUAAGAAAGACUUUUAGCUUGUUGGUCACGUGGCUGGUUCAAACCACUCCGGCCGUGUUGGCUGACAGUGGAGUUGUUUGUUACUUUAUCCAGCGAUCUGCAGCUAUUUCACAUUUCCUCCAUAGGAGUUCCAUUUUAUGUUGUCGACGGUGCAGCCAAAGUGAAAUACAGUUUCAGUGGUAUUAAAGACGCGUUCUCUUGAAACCAAGAAGUACAGAAUAUUGGAACAACUUUAAAAUUUUAACCUUUUUAUUGUAUAUAUAUCUUGUUCAUAUUGAGCUGCUGUGCUGAUCAGUACAUGUUUUCAGUCUCGUAGUAACAUGCAAAACAAGUUUGGACCAUGUGGUGAAAAGUUUAAGAUGGCAUGAAGGUGAGAACGCAUUUAACUGAGGACCGUGAUCUAAACAGCAACUUGGCUUUUUCCCCCUACUUCAAUUUUUUUAAAUUGCUAAAAUAUUUUACAAACACUUUUUUUUUACGUAUAUACAUUUUGGCUUGUAAUAUACAUUAGAGAUGAAGUGUGCCUUUGCACUGUUUAUGUACAGUUCAUAAUAAAGCUAAUCUUUUUUUUAUUGAUUAUUAAAAAAAAAAUCUAAUUUCUUUCUAAAUGUAUUAAAGGUAAAACUAACUAAUACAGAUUUAUAUUGUUGCAUUACAGCUAUUUAUUUGAGGUGACAGACUGGAUUAACUGACUCGGGGAAUACAACUUGUGUGCAGCACUGAAUCAGACGGUGUACCCAUAUCCCAGUAAAAUCAAUAUGAUCCAUAACAAAGUCAGAUGAGAUUUCAGUGUUGAAGAAACGAGUAUUAAAAUAUAACUACAUCUGAACAUAACUACUACCAGGUGUUACACAAAUCUCCUUGUGGAGGGCCUUAGACAACACAACUAAUAUCAAGUUUUAUAUCGCAUCACUACUACUCAUUGCCCUCAUAAACAUUAAAACCCUCACUAUUGUUGAGAAACAGUAGCGGCUUGGUAUCUUUAAACAAAUAGACAUUUCUGAGACUUCCUUCAAAGCUGUUUGAAAACAACCCGGCAGUGACAAUUGAUACAUUUCGGUACAAUUCAAAUCCUCCAAAAUAAAGCUGACCACCAUAGUUUAAGGCCACGUAACGCUCGAAUGGGUCCAAGUCGUGGAAAAGGACUCUCUUGUAGUUCAGGAACACCUGGAUAAUUGUGCUGUUUAAAAAUAUGGAGACAUUGUGCCACGUGUUGCAACACAGUGUGAGAUUUCUGAAUUCUAUCGGGACGGAAAGUCUCUCUCCAAGAUUGACAGCGAUUUUGAGGUGGCCGUUGUCAAGUCCAACUGCGAGGUAAUCAUCAUCUUCAUGUUCGGCCCGACCCAUCCACAUUAUCAUGCUGUCGUUUGAGCGUGUGUGGAAGCUGAAAGAAACCUCUGUGUAUUUAAAGUUCCUUGUGUUGUAUCUCGGGUCCUGAUAUUUAACAUAUGAGCUUCCCACAAACCUGAGGGUGUCCGUGGCUAUUUCUGUGUCGCAGUACCCCCCACCCCACCCCAAGGGGCAUAUGCAGCGGUAGGAGGUGACGCUAGAUGGAGCACAUAAGGAACCCUGUUUGCAGAUGUUGUUUACACAGCUUACAGACUGGUUACACACAGAGCUAGUCCACGAUGGCAGACAUAAACAUGUGAAUGAGCCACUUCCUGAUGCGCUGCAGCGACCUCCGUUGUGGCACACCUUGUACCCGCAGGCGGUCCCAUCCCAGUCCCCUACGUUCGCUCCACUUAUCGCCCCGGUCUCUGUUAACUCAAACUCCUCACCGUUGAUUAGAAGUUCUCUUAAACCCCCAGUGAAGCCCAGCGGCUCCCCUUCAGUUGCAUCCACAGAGACGAAGCUCAGAGUGGACACGCCCCCGACAAAGAUGUCUGUAGCAACAUCUAGGGUGGUCAUCCCUUCAGUCGCAUGCUCUCUUAUCUCCUUAUUAUCCAGACUGAGGAAGCCUUGGUGACCAACUCUUCCAGCCUUCACUGUGUGCCAGGUCCUGCCGUGCAAGUCCACUCGCUGAACAGACUGCAAGACGUGGGUGCCAUCCCCGAGGUUGUAUCGAAGCUGGACAAAGCCGGAUGUCAAGGAGAGGCAGAAGAAGUCUCCUGUAGAAAUAAAAUAAAAAUA